AUGAAGAUCAAAGCACUCAACGUCUACCCUAUCAAGGCUCUCCGCCCAAUCCAAAUCACCGCGGCAACCCUCACCGCGCAAGGCAUCCUUCACGACAGGACCUACAUGCUAUUCAAAGUAAACCCGGAUUCGACCCUCCGCAAGAUGCAGCUCUCCACCUUUCCCCAAUGCGCUCUCUUCUCCCAGGAGAUCGUUGGCUCUCCCGAUGAUGAGGGCGGCGAAGAGAUCCUUGUAAAGUACAACAUUCCAACCCCGCCCCUCAUCGAUCACCAUAUUCUUCAGGAUACGACCCUUUCGAUGCCUCUCGUCCCAGAUACAUCGUCUCUGGAGCCCAUUUCCGUCGACCUUCACGGAAGUCCUGCCGAGGCACUCCGCAUGGGGGAGCCAUAUGACGCUUUCUUCUCCGCCUGCUUCGGCUUCCCCACAAUCCUGGUACACAUCGGCUCCGGCCGCCGCCGUGUCCUCGGCACCCUCGCUCCAGGGUCAUCUUCCAAGCAGCAACAACAGCAAUCGUCCUCUCUAUUCUCCUCAAUCACAUCAUAUCUCCCCUCCCUCUCAUCUCUCUCCAAGUCUGAAGCUGAAGAACAAGCCUGGCUCACCUUCACCGACUGCGCCCCUUACCUCAUUACAUCAGAUUCUUCCCUAUCUUACCCCUCCCUGACCUCCUUUCAAAAUCCGGAUGCCCCAUCCACCGUUAUGCCCAAAAUGCGCCCCAACAUUGUUGUGGAAGAUUCCUCCGAGGCACCCUUCGCCGAGGACUUUUGGGCGGAGCUGUCCUUGCCCGCCUCCUCCAACGCCAAGCUCCUCCUAACGGCCAACUGCGGCCGUUGCACAUCCCUCAACGUCGAUUACGCCCUCGGCCGCGCAGCUCCCGGACCUGAGGGGAAGCUCCUCAACACUCUGAUGAAGGAUCGCCGCGUUGACCCGGGCCACAAAUACGCCCCCGUUUUUGGUCGGUACGCCUUUCUGGAGGUCCCUUCCGUGGGAGACGGGUCUCUGGCCGGGAAUGGGACGGUUCAGGUCCGCGUGGGCGACCAAGUCGUCGUCACCCGACGCAACGCCGAGCGGACAGUCUUUGAUUGGGACAUACCGGCUCUCGCCGCAAAGAAGACCGUUGUUGUUGUUGCAUAA